AAAUAAUUAUUCAUUAACCUAAUUUAUUUUGCGACACGUAUCGAAAAAAUCAAAAUAGGAUCAACAAUUUACAAUAUGCUAAUCAUUACUAUAAAAUAGUAUCGUAUCCACAAGUGUUAGUUACUUAUAAUGAUUUACAACUACAAUGGACACCUUAUAUCAUCAAACAAACAUAUUAGUACAACAAACUCAAGAAUGUUUCCAAUUGUUAGAAACAAGACCUACAAAUUAUCAAGAAAUCGAAUCAAAUAUUCAAGAGAAAAUUAGUUUGAUUAAUAGGAACUGCGAGAAGUUGGAUACAUUUCUGUUUAAAUUACCACUAACCCAAAGACAAAAUGCGAAGAUGAAUUGUGAUCAAUUAAAAUAUGACUCCAGACAUUUGCAAGCAGCCUUAAUGUCGCUGCAACAAAAGAGAAUUAGAAAACAGGCAGCAGCUACGGAAAGGGAACAACUACUAGGCCAAAGAUUUACUGCUAAUCCGGAACUAACUGCUAUCAAUAUUGACCAUGCUUUCCAACAACAAAAUUCUUUAAAUAAUGCCCAUCGUGGUGUCGACGAAAUGUUGCAGACAGGUACGGGUACACUGGAAUCGUUACGCUUGCAAAGGAAUACUUUAAAGGGUGCACAUCGCCGAAUUGUUGACAUGGCAAAUACGCUCGGUUUAAGUAAUCAUACUAUGCGUCUUAUUGAGAAGCGUGUGGGUGAAGAUAAAUUCAUAUUGUUUGGAGGAAUGAUUAUAACACUCCUUAUUAUUAUAAUUGUUAUUAUUUACUUUACAUAGUUACUAAUAAAUGUCUCUAUUUUGACAAUA